CGCAUAUGGAGGAAUCGUCGAAAAGUGGUUCGUGAAAGUGAUGAAAGAUCUUGUAGUUCGGGAUGUAUUCGCAAGCGAUACUAGCGCCUGGUUACGAAUAGGAUACGCUGACGGAACCCGCAGUGGUAGCGCCACCAGGCGCUUACAAUCCGUGGAUCGUUCAUCACUUUCACCGACCAUUUGGCUAGCAUUGCGUUCGGAUUCCUUACCUGUAGUCUCCAUGCAUUUGUGAGUCGCUCUGCCUGUGAUAUACACAGAGCCUUUCCGCUUCGUGGGAAUUCGUGCGUCUCCGUCUCUAAAAAGUCUGAAAAAGUCGAGGUGUUGGGAUAUUUGUUCGUAAUUGGAAUUUGAUGUAUUAACCAAAAGUGGACUUUGAAGUAAAUAAUAAUUAUUGUAAUUGGAACAGUGUGAUGAUAAUAAGCGUUGAAAGAUGUACGGAACAACAAUAGGAAAUUAAGGAUACUAGGAUAGCUGUAGAUGACAGCGUGUAGAGGUGUAACCGAACGAUACCUAAGGAUUACAAUGCAUCGGAGAGUAGGGCACAGCAAUUACGAUGGCAAGAUUGCUGGCCUUUAUGAUAUGGAGGAGACACUUGGACGGGGCCACUUUGCUGUUGUCAAACUUGCUCGUCAUGUAUUUACUGGUGAAAAAGUCGCCGUCAAAGUUAUCGAUAAGAGUAAACUAGAUGAAAUAUCGCGUGCUCAUCUGUUUCAAGAAGUGAGAUGCAUGAAAUUGGUACAGCAUCCAAAUGUCGUUAGAUUGUACGAGGUAAUAGACACACAGACAAAGCUCUAUCUUAUACUCGAAUUGGGUGAUGGCGGCGACCUCUAUGAUUACAUUAUGCGGCAUGAUAGUGGAUUGAGCGAAGAGGUCGCAAGGAUGUAUUUCAGACAAAUAGUUAGGGCCAUCUCUUACUGCCAUAGGCUCCAUGUUGUGCACAGAGAUUUAAAGCCUGAGAAUGUUGUGUUUUUUGAAAAACUCGGAAUGGUGAAGCUUACGGAUUUUGGGUUCAGUAAUAGAUUUUGCCCGGGGCAAAAGCUGGAGACGUCUUGCGGUUCUUUGGCUUAUUCAGCACCAGAAAUUCUCCUCGGAGAUAGUUAUGACGCUCCUGCUGUUGAUGUAUGGUCUCUGGGUGUUAUACUAUACAUGUUGGUUUGCGGUCAAGCUCCGUUUCAAGAAGCAAAUGAUAGUGAAACCCUCACCAUGAUUAUGGACUGCAAAUAUUCAAUUCCAACACAUGUCUCUGAUGGAUGUAAGCAACUGAUAGCAAGAAUGCUUGUCAGGCAACCAGAACGGCGUGCUACCCUCGAGGAAAUAGCAUCCAAUCCCUGGCUUGUUUCAGGGUCAGAUUCUGACCCUGUAGAAUCGUUGCCCCUUGUAUCAAGGCAACAAGUUUCAGAGGACCACCAUAAUCUCAUUAUUACCAAAAUGGUUAAUGGAAACAUUGCUACCAAAGAAGAAAUACUUGAUGCACUAGAUAAGAAUGAAUACAAUCAUAUCACUGCAACGUAUUUCCUGCUGGCGGAAAGGAAGCUUCGUGCUCACAGGCAAGAGCAAGUACAAAAAAAUGGUUCCGAAGUACUUGACAUCUCAUCCAGCAAGCAAAAUGUUCUCGCUCCAAAUAAUACAGAAGUCGAUCAGCAUGCAUUAAGCAAUUUAAAUGAAUCAAUCCGAAAUAUUCCUCGAACAGUUGGCGACGUAACACAGAACUUUCGAACAAGAAAGUGCAGUAUUGUCCAAGAAGAGGACGACGAGGACGAUAUGUCUUCUUGCUCAGGUCGAGAUGAUCAUGGUAGUAACUCGACGCAAAGUUCGGUUAGCAGAAGAGGAUCAAGAUCAGAAGGAAAAUUGUCACACGUUAUUCAGGAAAAACUUUCUCAAAAUCUGGAGAAACAUUCCAUUCAUAACAGUCACAUACACACUCACUCUCAUCACACGCACGAUCCAAUAACAAUAUCUGCAUGCAAUAAAACGACAAUAGCCAACUCGCGCGAUGAUUGUGAUAAGUUCAUUAAGGACAGCAAUAAAUCUGUGUAUAAAUCCUCAGUCAAAGUUGCUGACAGCGGUGGAGGUGUCGAAAAUUUAUCUGAACCAAUGAAGGCAAAUCUGUUUGAUGCCAACUUCAGAAAUAAUCUCGACAAUUCCGGACUCGAAGUUGCCUCAGAGGACUGGAUAAAAAAAACCGAAAAUAUAGACAGGCGGCCCAAGUCUGUAACUGAUUAUUCAAAAUCAACCCCUUGUAACAAGUGGCGAAUGGGGACCAAGCACCAAUCCUCUUUGCAGUCUCCAGAGAGAAUAAAACCCAGCUUAGAUACUUCAGCUUCAGUAACUUCUACAAUUCUUACAGUAUCAUCGACCGUUCCGAUUCCCUUAAACACAGCUACAAUUACAGGGAACAGUCAAUUGUUGCCAAGCUAUAAAUCCUUGCCAGCGCCACACAAUGUAACACUUCCAGAAUUGUCUUUCAACGAGAUUCUCGAGGAUCAGGAUAUGGCCUCUAUAGACUGGUCAAGAAAUCGUAUCGUAAGACGGACCAGUUACGAACAAAGGCGAAGUAAAUUUCACAAAACUCGCACUGCGUCUUGUUCAAGUUCUGAUGCCAGUGAUGACGACAGCGAAGGGAGAAAAAAGCGAGCUCACAAACUGGGAACUUCGGGAAAACCGCUACCGCCACGAAGGGAUAGUCAUGAUGAUUCAAGCGAUUCUCAGGAUCCAGGUGGCAGUGAAGGAGGAGGAGGCAGCGGUAACACGACUGGCCAUGGGAGAGCUUUGUCUGACAACAGAGAGUGUCCUCCAAGUUCAUCGAGCACGGAAGAUAACAAGAAUAAUAGCGGGACCAACAAUGGUACAGAGGGAAAUAAAAGAUGCGCUAUUAACAGGGCGACUGUUUUUGAAAGAAGGCACAGAACGGGUAGACGAAGGUCUGGCGAAACGCGAUUAAGAGAGAGCCAAUCUUUGAAUCGUAUUACUGAAGUUCAAGAAGCCGAGGGUCCUUGUCAUAUCCAUAAUUCUAGCAUUGUUGUCACUCAGUAUACUUCGAGCACAUCGUCGGCUAAUGUUAAACAGAAGGCGAAGGGGUUUGGUGCGAGACUAUUUCACAGUUGGUCACUUACCACUAACAGUAUAAACAGCAGUAAUAGUUGUAAUAGUAAUAGUAGUAGUAGUAUUAAUAAUAGUAGUAGUAGUAAUAGUAGUAGUAGUAGUAGUAGUAGUGGUAGUGGUAGUGGUAGUAGUAGUAGUAGUAGUAGUAGUAGUAGUGGUAGUAGUAGUGGUAGUAGUAGUGGUAGUGGUAGUGGUAGUGGUAGUAGUAGUAGUAGUACUAGUACUAGUACUAGUACUAAUAGUAAUAAUAGUAACAACAACAACAAUAAUAAUAAUGAUUGUAGUGGUAGUAGUAAUAGUAGUAGUAGUAGUAGUAGUAGUAGUAGCGGUAGUAGUAGUAGUAAUAGUACUACUACUACUACUACCACUACUACUACUACUACUACUACUACUAGAAAAUCAAUAAUCGUAGAAUUAAAGGAAAACACGAUGAAACUACAACAUUCAAAAGAUGAUAAAACAGUACAUCAUUAUCACUCUGAUAAAUCCAAAUGUAAAAAUGUAGUAUUUGUUCAAGGUUUUAGUAAUAGUAAACUCGAUAAAUCAGUUGAUAUAAGUGAGAAAGAAACAGUUAAUCCGGAUAGUCAUCACUAUUUGGUAAAAUCAUCAAAGUUACAAAGUAACAGAGUAUUUUCGUCUAAUAAUAAAAAACCAACCAAUAACGAAGAUGAUGAUAAUCGUACUACGGCUAUUACAAAAAGUAAUUGCAAAAACAAAAAGCUUCAUUUGCUUAGUCGUUACUUUGCCAUUCACAAAAAAUUAUGCAUUCCGUUACCCUCGAUAUUCGGCAGAGGACGCUUAUAUAAAGCUCAAUCUUGUGGCAGUAUUACGAGAGACAAGGUAUCUGCUUUGUCUCCUAAAUCUGUACUACUUUAUCGUCAUGGUACGUGUUGGGAGGAACAGCGACACUGGUGCGACAACAAUCAUCGAUAUCGAGGCAGUUACGGUGACAUUAAUCAGAAUUUGGACAUCACCCAUCAAUUAGUUAAUACAAUCGGUCAAGGGUGUUCGGCCGUUCCUGCAGCUUGUCAUAUUCACUUUGGUGAUACAUCUAAAUGCUGCAGUCUUUGUUGACUAUAGAAACACUGUUAAUGUAAAGAUAUAUACAACUCUAUGUGUGCUCAUGUGCGUGUGUACGUAUAUUAGGGUGGUUCUUAUUUGUCAGAUGUCCGAAGUUUUCCAAUUAAAAUACACGUGAUUCUUACCUUCUGAUGUAAUUAUUUUACUGAACAUCUAAUCUUUGACGAAAAAAAUUGUUAUUAUGUGGAAUUGACAGGGAUCGAUAGUACUUUCAAGAAGAAAAAGAAGAAAAAAUGUAUUGGCUAUUCUAUGGCAUUUUUAUCCUGCUAAUUUAAAUAUUUUUCGUUGUUUUAAUUGAAAAUGAUAGGAAGAAAGCAAGAUAUCUGUCAUAUCUGACGUUUAUUACGUAUUCAGGUUAUCUAGAAAUAUAACAUGAUAAAUUUUAGGUUCUAAUAAAGUCAUCAAAGAGAUAUUUAGUAACAAUCAUCCGCAUCUAAUUUAAAAAAUAGAAAAAUAUUGAAAUAAGCAGGGUAUAAAUGCCUGAGAAUGGCCAAUACAUUUUUUCUUUUUUUCCCCUUGAAAGUACUAUCGAUCUUUGUCCAUUCCAUAUAAUAUUUAUUUUUUCCAUCAAACAUUAGAUGUUUCAGUAAAAUAAUCACAUUAUAAGAGAAGAAUCACAUCUAUUUUAAAUGGAAAACUUCGCGUCGUUACAGUGGAUAGUAAAAAUCAAGUUAGGACAUUCACGUUACGUUCGAAAUUUUUUGUUUUUUUAUAUAGAUACAAACGAUGAGGUGGCAUAAUUGAAAUUCGAACAUGGGUUGAAUAAAAACCACCCAAGUGUACAUACAUCUUUUAGACUACAAAUUUACACCUGGUUUGUUUAACUUUUGCAUUAUUAUUCAAAUGUUAAUAAGUAUACUUACUUCAUUUGUGUUUCUCAGUUCAUCAUAACAUAUUAAUUUUUAUUUUUUUAUUUUCCUAGACAUAUCCGAGUAUUAUUUAAUUUAAUUUAAUUCGUUAUCGUUCUUUCGAACCUUGUUCAUUAGAUAAUACGCUUUAAAUCAAUUCAUUGCCUUUCUUGUCUGGAAAAUAAAAAUUCUUUUUCCUAUAAUGUUUGGCACUGUAGGUGAAAAUAUGUGGAAGAUAUUUCAUAAAAGGAAUAAAGAAGCAGUCUCGUAAGGGGGAGUUUUAGAGCAAUAAUUUCAAGAUUUAUGCUGUAACAUGGCUCUGUGCUAAAAAAGUUAUAAUAUUAACUAGUGAAUAAAUAAAAUGAGCCGAGUUGAAAUAGACUGGAGAUUAAAGAUUAGUAUGGUAAGACGUUUUCCUACCUAGCAUGUGAAGGAAUAACUGCAUCGAUCUUUCCUGAUUGAUUUUAAAUCGUUGCUUUAAGGGUGAAGAUGUAUAGAAGUAAAUUUACUAUUUGAUUGUCAUAAUAUAGUAUAUCAGUAAAUGAAUAGUAUUAACACGUAGAUUAAAUUAUUUAGAAAUUAUUAUAUAUUUGACAGGAAAUAAAUUGGUGUGUAACAAAUGAUAAUAAUUUAAAAACGUCAUUCAAGCCGUAAUUCUCGAUUAUCAAUAAGAAUUAAUUGCAAUAAUUUGAAAAUGUGUGAAAAUGUAAUUACCCUUUAGUUGCUGCUACUGCUGCCACUACAUUACAAGUGGCAUAUCUAGUCUGUGAGAACAAACUUGUCUUAAGUACUGCAGAGAGUUUAUUGUCGGCAUAUCUCGUAUUAGUUGUAUAUUAAAUGUAAAUUAAAAUGAAAACAUGCAUAAAUAUAGAUAUGUAUAAAUAUAAUACCCUAUAUACAUUUGAUGAAAAAAGUGAUAGCAGAUUUUUGUGUCCGGUUCAACACGUCAUUUUAAUCUACGGUUUUCUUCGAAGUUAUCCGUAUACCCAAAUUGCUUACGCCAACCAUUGUAAUCACAUUAAUGUACUUUACUGUAAGCUAAAGAUAAUGAAAAAAAGAGAAAUUCAAUCUCGGCUGAUUACAUUUAAAAGGUUGGAAAUAUAUUCAAAUUCUUACGGUUUUGAAAAAUUUUUCCCACUUUGACGACUGGGGAUUAAGUCCAUGCAGAAGAUUAAAUUUUGUACAAUAACUGAAGGUACAUGUGUAGUGUAUACUAUACAUCAUCUUAUGAUCUCGUAUUUCGAAUCUUGAUUAACAAAACAUUAGUAAUCGCAAUAAUAUAUUAAUAAUAGUGAAUUUCCAAAACAGUAAUGUCUGGUUACAUUUCAAUUUUUUGGCUUGGCUUGGAUUGGAUUGCAAAAUUCAACGGAAAUGGAAUAGAAGAUAUUUUAACGUUGACGUAUCAAUGUGAAAAAUAAUUUAUAUUAAAAGGGAUCAAGAUGAGAGAAAAAAACAUCCAACAAACAGUUUCUGAAAAACAAAAAUAUGUAUGUUAUGUAAACUUACUGUUUAUAUCGAUAUGUAUACAUACCUAUGUAUAUUUAGUAUGAUAAGAAUGUAGAUAAAAUUUUAUCUACAUCAAGCCGUACCAUGUACGCCACGUUAGGAGAGAAAAAGAAGAAAACAAAAGAACACAAAGAAAACAGUGAUUAUGAAUCUUUAUUAAUAUUUGUUACAGAAAUGAACAUGUUAUUAUUUAUAUCGUAAUCAGACAACUGUCAUUACUGGCUCAAUAAUACAUAAAUGUAACAACAGAAGUGUCAGAGAUUUUCAAAAAUAGUGUGUUAAAUAAAAUUCAAUGUACUAUGUGAAAUCUA